CACACUAUUCAUGCCAAUGCGAAAGACAAUCAAGGCGGGCUUAUUAUUUUUAAGUUUUUUUUAUUAAUUAUUAUUUUACGAAAAAUGUUUAAGCGCCGAUGAUAGCCGCGCGUCGUUUCACUCUGUCUCAUCUCCUUCUUAUAUACUCUUCAACCCAUCCUCAAGCCCUACCUACCUAGUCAUAGCCUCCUCACUCACUCAUUCGCUCUCCUCUCGAUCUCUCCGUAACCUAACGUUUUGGAAAAUGGUGAGAAACGGAACCAAGGCUGCGAAGCAAAAGAAGAGACCUCUUCCAGAGAGCAAAGAGACAGAUCACGACGAUGAUCUCUCCACGAGGAAGACGAGGCCAAAGCGAGCCGCAGCAUGCACAAACUUCAAGGAGAAAUCCAUCCGCAUCUCCGAGAAAUCCGCCACCGUUGCAGCAAAGCACCAUCAGACUGUGGAUGACGAGAUUGUAGCUCUACACUUGACAGCUUCUUCUCCCCAGAGCGGCGGCGGCCACGAGCCUCACCAAACCAGGAGACUGACCGAUUUCGUUUUGCAUGAUACCGAAGGAGUUUCGCAGGCUGUGGAGAUGGUUGAACAUGUCGACAUGUUCAUCACAGGUGUGAUCUUGCCUUCAGGUGAAUGCUCUGACAAGGAGAGAGCGAAGGGUGUGAGGUGCGAAGGGUUUGGACGCGUUGAUAAUUGGAGUAUCUCCGGGUAUGAAGAUGGCUCCCCGGUGGUAUGGGUGACGACCUCUCUGGCAGAUUACGAAUGCGUUAAGCCUGCUACCACCUACAAGAAGGUGUAUGAUUAUUUCUUCCAGAAGGCGUAUGCCUCGGUAGAGGUUUACAAGAAAGUGGCCAACUCUGACUUGAUGAGUCUUGAUGAGUUGCUCGUGGCGGUUGCGAGGGCUAUGAGCCUCGAGACUAAGUGCUUCUCUAGCGAUUACUUGGCCAUCAAAAAUUUCGUUAUAUCCCAAGGAGAGUUCAUAUAUAACCAGCUCGCCGGUUUAGAUGAUACGGCCAAGAAAGAUGAUGCAAGAUUUGUUGAGAUUCCUGUACUCGUUGCUCUCAGGGAUGCUAGUAGUAGUAGCAUACUUGAAUAUGAUGCUGGUCAGCCUUCUAAUGGGGUUCUAAGGAUUGAUGGAGCUGCGGAGAGGAAGGCCAUGUCAUCUGAUCAACACAUGGUUGACGAGGAUGAAAAAUUUGCUCGACUUGUACAAGACGAAGAGUAUAUGAAAUCCAUGCAACGCCCCAGAAAACACACCAGCUUAGCUUCUGUUUCAAAGAACGGAUACAUAAUGACCACUGAAGAUGAGAUCGCCAAUGAUUAUCCUCUCCCAGCUCAUUACAAGAACUCCCAAGUAGAAACAGACGAGCUUUUAUUAUACCAUGACGACGACUACGAGGUUGACAUCGACGACCUGCCUCGUAAGAUGCUUCAAAACUGGGCGCUUUACGACAUUGAUUCACGGUUGAUAUCCCUGGAGCUUCUCCCGAUGAAGACUUGUGCUGAUAUCGAUGUGACCAUCUUUGGAUCCGGUCUGAUGGCAGAUGAUCAAGGGAUCUGGAUUGAUCUAGAUGAUCCUGCUACCUCUAUGCCGUCAGAGGAACAUGGUGGGAUACCUAUAUUCCUCAGUCAAAUAAAGGAAUGGAUGAUUGAGUAUGGGGUGUCAACGGUCUCGGUUUCGAUACGAACAGAUGCGGCCUGGUAUCGACUUGGGAAACCGUCAAAGCAGUACGUCCCUUGGUUCGAACCUAUUCUGAAAACAGCGAGGGUUGCGGUCGGCGUUUUUGCUCUGCUGGAGGAGCAAACUAGAAUGGCGAAGCUUUCGUUUGAAGAUGUCGUAAGAAGAGUGUGUGAGUUCGAGAGUAACCAUAAGGCUUACAUUUCGUCUGACCGCGCGGCUGUUGACAGAUACGUGGUUGGCCACGGGCAGAUAAUCUUGCAGAUGUUUUCGGAGUUUCCUAACAAGGAGAUCAGAAGGUGUGCGUUUAUUACUGGGCUCGCGAAUAAAAGGGCGGAGAAGCACAACACAAGAUGGACCAUCAAGAAGAAGAAGAUUUUGCUGAAAGUGAAUUUGAACCCAAGGGCGGGUGUGGCACCUGUCUCCAAGAGGAAGGCUAUGCAAGCGACAACAACGCGUCUGAUCAACAGAAUCUGGGGGGAGUUUUACUCCAUUUACUCUCCAGAGGAGCCGUUGCAGGCAGUUGGUGCGGAGGAAGAGGCUGAAGAGGAUGAGGAGGAGGACGAGGAGGAAAAUGAAGAUGACGACGCAGAGGAAACUGAACCUGAAGCUGCUGAGGUCGAAGAGGCUCAUACGCUUCCAAAGAAAAUUGUAGGCAAAUGUGGAAAAAUGGAAACAAGAUGGGAUGGUGAGAGUGUAGGAAGAACUUCUGCUGGUGAGCCUCUCUAUCGACAAGCCCUCCUCGAAGGGGAAAGAGUGGCUGUAGGUGGUGCUGUCAUCGCGGAAGUCAGCGGAAGUCAGGCCAUCUACUUUGUGGAGUACAUGUUUGAAAGUUCGGAUCACUGCAAAAUGCUACAUGGAAGACUUUUACAAAGAGGGUCCGAGACUGUUCUGGAGAAUGCUGCUAACGAGAGGGAACUCUUUUUGACGAACAAAUGCAUGACUGUACAGUUCAAGGACGUAAAAGGAACAGUCUGUUUCGAGAUUCGAACGAGGCCAUGGGGACAUCAGUUUAGAAAAGAGGACGCCGUUGCGGAUAAGCUUGACCGGGCAAGAGCUGAAGAACGAAAAGCGAAAGACUUGCCUACGGAGUACUUCUGCAAGAGUUUGUAUUCGCCUGAGAGAGGAGGUUUCUUUAGUCUUCCACUUAGUGAUAUGGGCUGUGCUUCUGGGUCAUGCACUUCAUGCAGAUUAAGAGAGGAUGAAGUGGAGAGGAAAAAGAUCAAACUCAACGCUUCAAAGACUGGUUUUUCCUCCUACGGGGUUGACUACUGCGCUGAUGAUUUUGUCUACGUAUACCCCGACUGUAUCGAUGGAUCGAAGAAGGCUAAUGGGAAGUUUAAGCCAGGGCGGAACAUCGGUUUAAGAGCCUUUGUUGUGUGCCAACUUGUUGAGAUCAUUGUCCCAAAGAAAUCUAGAAAGGGUUCCUUUGAGGUUAACGUCCGAAGGUUUUAUAGGCCUGAAGAUGUAUCUGAACGAAAGGCCUAUGCUUCAGAUAUCCGAGAGGUGUAUUACAGCGAGGACACAUUUGUUGUCCAACCAGAGGCUCUAAAGGGAAAAUGUGAAGUAAGGAAGAAGAAAGAUAUGCCUUCUUGUAGUGAGUUUCCAAUAUCGGAGAACAUUUUCUUUUGUGAACAAAUAUACGACCCAUCUAAAGGUUCCGUCAAGCAGUUGCCCCUCAGUACCAAGCCGAAGUACUCUACAGUUAAGGACGACGCACUUUUAAGAAAGAAAAAGGGGAAGGGAGUAGAGAGUGAAACUGGUUCUGGUAUUGUCAAGCCUGAUGAGUUACCUAAAGAGAUGCGUCUGGCGACCCUAGAUAUUUUUGCUGGUUGUGGUGGCCUGUCUCAGGGACUGGAACAAGCAGGUGUAUCUGCAACAAAGUGGGCGAUCGAGUAUGAAGGGCCAGCUGGGGAGGCUUUUAGAAAAAACCAUCCCGAAACAACAGUUAUUGUUGAUAACUGCAAUGUGACUCUUAGGGCUAUAAUGGAGAAAUGUGGAGAUCAAGAUGAGUGUAUCUCUACUACAGAAGCUAAUGAACUCGCUGCUAAACUUGAUGAGAACCAGAAGCGUACUCUGCCACUGCCUGGUCAAGUAGAUUUCAUCAACGGAGGCCCUCCAUGUCAGGGAUUCUCUGGUAUGAACCGGUUCAGCCAAAGCCCAUGGAGUAAAAUUCAGUGUCAAAUGGUAUUGGCAUUCUUGUCUUUUGUUGAUUAUUUCCGGCCAAGGUACUUUCUCCUGGAGAACGUGAGGAACUUUGUCUCAUAUAGUAAAGGGCAGAUGUUUAAACUCACUCUGGCUUCUCUUCUCGAAAUGGGUUACCAGGUGAGAUUUGGGGUGUUGGAGGCAGGUGCAUAUGGGGUUUCUCAAUCUCGCAAAAGAGCUUUUAUAUGGGCAGCUGCACCGGAAGAAGUUCUUCCCGAAUGGCCUGAGCCGAUGCAUGUCUUUAAUGUUUCACAGCUGAAUAUCUCACUAUCCAAAGGUUUACGCUAUGCUGCUGUUCGUAGUACUCAACAGGGAGCACCUUUCCGUCCAAUCACCGUGAGAGACACAAUCGGCGAUCUUCCACCUGUAGAGAAUGGAGAAUCCAAUAUAGACAAAGAGUAUGAAACUGAUCCAGUCUCGUGGUUCCAAAAGGAGAUAAGAGGAAACAAGAAUGUUCCCACUGAUCACCUUAGCCAAACGAUGAACGAACACAACCUCAUCCGAUGUAAAAGAAUCCCGAAGAGGUCAGGUGCUGAUUGGCGUGACCUCCCAGAUGAAAAGGUGACGUUAUCUACUGGACUGGUGGUGGAUUUGAUUCCAGGGUGUCUAGCAGCGAAACCUGGUAAAAAAAAGCAGUGGAAAGGACUGUUUGGGAGGUUAGAUUGGGAAGGCAACUUUCCAACUUGCGUCACUAAACCUGGUCCCAUGGGUAUGGUUGGUAAGUGCUUCCAUCCUGACCAAGACAGGAUCGUCACUGUCCGUGAAUGCGCCCGAUCUCAGGGGUUUCCGGAUAGCUACGAGUUCGAAGGGGACAUAGCACACAAGCAUAGGCAGAUUGGGAACGCAGUGCCUCCCCCUUUGGCCUUUGCUCUUGGUCGCAAGCUCAAAGAAGCAGUACAGCUCAACAACUUCGCCAAAAGUAAUUAGUUUUGCAUUUUUUUCUUUAUAAUUUAUUCAUUGUUAUAAACCUCAUCUCUUGAAACUCAAUUUUUUUUGGUAAAACUCUUGAAACUCAAUUGUCAUACUUAUAUUAUAUAGUUUCUUGAUUCGAAGUUGUGUUCGACGAAACAUUGUCGUUAUC